AUUUAUAACCUUGCCAACGUCUUGACUAUAUUUCCUAUUCAUUUCGCAACUCAUUUCAUUUAUGUUUUCAUGGAAAACAAGGACAUUUCUAGGUGACCCCAAACUUUUCAACAUAAUUGUAUAUGAUGCUGUUAGGUGUGUCAACAGCAGUUUUGUUGGGGUUGGUUGUCCCAUUAACUCUGGGGUUGAGGAGAUCACAAUGUCCAAUAUGUUGAACACACAUUUAAUCAACAAGGGCUCAGGCUAUAGACAUUGAAUGAAAGUAAUAUAGGGCCCGCUGUCACCCAGGUCUAGGCUAACUGGGAUAAACCAACCAACCAUUCAGCUGGAAAUGUUAGUGAAAUGGGUCAGUUUACUUAUUCAGUUCACCCAGAGCAUUGGAUAGUUUUUAAACCCUAAACUCCAAUUUACCCCUAACACCCCAUCUCAAUCCUAACCCCAUACAUCCGGCCCCUAGGCUAUAAACCCCUAUGACGAAAAUAACAUCCUGUAUGGGUUCAUACAUAAAAAAUAGGCAUUUUACAAGUCUAGUUUACAACAAGAUUGCACUACAAAAUUGUGUUGAUUUAAAAAAAAACUGAAUUGGCCUGUGUUGGUGACCAGGGUGCAGCUUUGUGUCACGACCUCCAGUGUGCUAAGUUUGUAAGCUUUUCUAUGGGAUGUUGGCCUGGCGCCCGGGUAUGUUAGCGAAUCACUGAUCUAGAAUAAAGACAUUGUGGAGAGGCAGCACCGUGUGUAUAAACCCGCCCUCAAAAAAAAAAAAAAAGAUUGCGUUUCCCCAAAUCCUCUCUGUCUACCCGCUUUUCCUUUCUUUUCUUUUCUUUUAAUUUUCCAAAACUCUGCUUUUAUUAACUUCAAAAUAUGACUUUUAUGCCGAGCUAUUUGUUACUGCUAUCAGGUCUCCGCGUUUUACUUACGGUUGAUUUGGAUGUGGAAACAAGUAACUUCAUUGACCUAAGCGCCCCAGAAGUAAUCGACUACAAAGAUCCCUGCAAAGCUGCUGCCUUCCUGGGAGACAUUGCUUUGGAUGAGGAAGACCUACGUAUGUUUAAGGUGGACCGCAUUCUGGAUGUUAUUCAGAGGUCCAUCCAGACCUUCAACGACACAGAUGCAGUGAAUGGUUCGUUGUCCAGUGAGAGCAGUAGGAAUGACAUGUCUCCAGACAGCCAUGGGCAGGGCUUUCGUCGCAGGAGGAGGGCUGCCACCUCCAGACCAGAGCGGGUGUGGCCAGAUGGGGUCAUUCCAUAUGUAAUCAGUGGGAAUUUCAGUGGCAGCCAGCGAGCGAUAUUCCGUCAGGCCAUGCGUCACUGGGAGAAGCACACGUGCGUGACCUUCAUUGAGAGGACAACGGAGGAGAGCUACAUAGUCUUCACCUACCGGCCGUGCGGGUGUUGCUCCUACGUGGGCAGGAGGGGCGGAGGUCCCCAGGCCAUCUCCAUAGGAAAGAACUGUGACAAGUUUGGGAUCGUUGUGCAUGAACUGGGCCACGUGAUCGGCUUCUGGCACGAGCAUACACGACCCGACCGCGAUGAGCAUGUCAGUAUUAUCAGAGAUAACAUCCAGGCAGGUCAAGAGUAUAACUUCCUGAAGAUGGAGCCAGGGGAGGUGGACUCUCUUGGGGAAGUGUACGACUUUGACAGCAUCAUGCAUUACGCACGGAAUACCUUUUCAAGAGGCAUUUUCUUAGACACCAUUCUACCUCGCUAUGAUGUAAAUGGAGUCAGGCCACCCAUUGGCCAGAGGACAAGGCUGAGCAAAGGGGACAUCACACAAGCUCGCAAACUCUACAAGUGUACAAGGUGUGGGGACAGCCUACAGGACAGUAGUGGAAACUUCUCCUCUCCUGGUUAUCCCAAUGGAUAUGCAGCCUAUGUCCACUGUAUCUGGAGGAUCUCUGUCACACCUGGAGAGAAGAUCAUUCUGAACAUUACUGCCAUGGACCUCUACAGGAGUCACUUGUGCUGGUAUGACCAUGUGGAGGUUCGAGACGGGUUCGGGAGAAAAGCCCCUCUGAAAGGCCGUUACUGUGGGGACAGUCUACCUGGCCCUAUCGUUUCCACGGAUAGUCGGCUAUGGAUAGAGUUCAGGAGCAGCAGCAACUGGGUGGGCAAGGGCUUCUCAGCCGUGUAUGAAGCCAUCUGUGGGGGAGAGGUGAACAGGGACAAUGGCCAGAUCCAGUCACCCAACUACCCUGACGACUACCGACCCAACAAAGUGUGCGUGUGGAAGAUCACAGUAGCACAGGAUUUCCAUGUGGGCCUCUCCUUCCAGUCAUUUGAGAUUGAGAGGCAUGACAGCUGUGCUUAUGACUACCUGGAAGUGAGAGAUGGGAACUCAGAGAGCAGUCCACUGCUGGGCCGCUUCUGUGGCCAUGACAAACCAGACGACAUCAAGACCAGCUCCAACCAGCUUUGGAUGAAAUUUGUGUCUGAUGGAUCAGUGAACAAGGCAGGAUUUGCUGCCACCUUUUUCAAAGAGAUGGACGAGUGUUGUAAGCCUGAUAAUGGGCGUUGUGAGCAGCGCUGUGUGAAUACCCUGGGCAGCUACCGAUGUGCCUGUGACCCUGGCUUUGAGCUCGCCUCAGACAGACGCAGCUGUGAGGCAGCUGCGUGUGGAGGCUUCAUUACCAAGCUUAAUGGCUCCAUCAACACCCCCGGCUGGCCCAAAGAAUACCCCCCCAACAAGAACUGUGUUUGGCAGCUGGUGGCCCCCACACAUUACCACAUCACCCUGCUGUUUGAUGUCUUUGAGACCGAGGGCAACGAUGUGUGUAAAUAUGAUUAUGUGGAGGUGAGGAGUGGACUGACCGCUGACUCCAGGCUUCAUGGGAAGUUUUGUGGAACUGAGAAACCAGAAACCGUCACCUCCCAAUACAACAACAUGCGCAUUGAGUUCAAAUCAGACAACACAGUGUCAAAGAAAGGCUUCAAAGCCCAAUUCUUCUCUGACAAGGACGAGUGCUCUAAGGAGAACGGAGGCUGCCAACAAGAGUGUGUCAAUACCUUCGGGAGCUACAGUUGUCAGUGUCGUAGUGGCUUUGUGCUGCAUGACAAUAAACAUGACUGCAAGGAAGCUGGCUGUGAUCAUGUGGUGAGCAAUGUGUUAGGCACCAUCACCAGCCCCAACUGGCCUGACAAAUACCCCAGCAAGAAGGCCUGUACCUGGGCCCUCUCCACCACCCCAGGCCACCGCAUCAAAAUCGUUUUCAAUGAGAUCGACAUGGAGGCUCACCUGGAGUGUGCCUACGACCACCUGGAGAUCUACGAUGGGCAGGAUGGCCGGGCCCCUAGUCUGGGACGCUUCUGUGGCAUCAAGAAACCCUCGCCAGUCAUCUCCAGCGGCAACGAGAUGUUUAUGCGCUUCUUCUCUGAUAACUCAGUCCAGAAGAGAGGCUUUGAGGCUUCACACAGUGCAGAGUGUGGAGGAAGCCUGAAAGCUGAGGUCAAGACCAAAGAUCUUUAUUCGCACGCCCAGUUUGGGGAUAACAACUACCCAGGGGCAUCUGACUGCCAGUGGGUGGUAUCCGCUGAGAAGGGCUAUGGAGUAGAGCUCAUCUUCCAAACCUUUGAGAUUGAGGAAGAGGCAGACUGUGGCUAUGACUACAUUGAACUAUUUGAUGGUGCUGAUGUCAAGGCCCCAAGGCUUGGUCGCUACUGUGGAUCUGGGCCUCCUGAGGAAAUCUACUCUGCUGGGGAUGCCAUUGUUAUAAAGUUCCAUUCUGAUGAUACCAUCAAUAAGAAGGGCUUCCAUGUACGGUACACGAGCACAAAGUUCCAAGACACAUUGCACACAAGCAAGUGAACCCCUCUUUACCAAGACUUAAAAGGAGACUGUGCACCCCAAAGUGUUGACACUCCCAGUUCCCUAAGAGGAGCGGAUGCUUGGAUAGCUGCCCCCCCCCCCCCCCCCCCCCAUACCCCACUCCGCCCAAAGCCAGCUGUAAGGAGUCAAGCCAUGCAGCAGUAGAGAGCGUUUUCAAGUUUGUAUCAUUUAGAUUAGGGAGGGUGGCCGAGAGAGUGGAUAUGUGUGGGACAUCUGAAAUGAAUUCCCCAAAAGUUUGUCAUUUCCUCAAGAUAACAAAAAGGAUCCCACAGGCCUGUAAGGAUCAGUGGGAUGGUGGUAUAACUGUAUAGGAUACAGGAUUGUCAGGGUUUUAGGGAAUAGGUUCCCCAACCACCUCCCAAGUUCCCCAACCACCUCCUAACUUGAAAUCCAGCUGAGCCCUAACUUCUUGGGAAGAUAACCUUCCCACCUUGCCUUGGUUCCUAAAUAUGUCUAUCUACUCUUGACUUAAAUCUUGGCACUAUACUGUGUAUCAUUGAGGGUUGCACAUUGAUGAUUAGGAAAGACGGAUAGAACCGGGGAAAUUUGUUUUGAGCACACAGUUGUAAUUAGUAUGGUCUUGCAAUGCAGAACAGGGAUGAUCCCCCCCCACCCACCCACCCACACCCACACAGGAUUGAUGUUAGCAGAAGAAGAAGAAAAGUGAACAUGUGUUGUUAUUCUUUUCAAGGGCUAGGCUAAUAAAUAUAGAUAACUGUA